ACCGCACAACCACGAACCGGAAGAUGGCUAUGGGGGGACGAACGGCGCUGGGAUGGUGGCUGCUGCACUCGGUGCGUUGAUACCGGUCGGCGUACCGGCGGAUACUACCACCAUCGCGACGAACGAGCUGAUCGGUACGCGCGACUAUCGGAUUGUGAAGAACUGGAAGAACCGCGAUGUGCUGGUGUUCCAGAACUGUCGUUACUUUCUGCACUAUGUGCGUAAGGAUGGCCGGAAGGUAUGGCGCUGUUCGGCGAUUCGCAGUUGCCAUGCGGCCGUCUAUCUGAACGCCGACGGUACGGUCGAUCAGUUCCGUGGUCAGCACGUGCACGAGAUACGGCCCGAGGGAGAGCCCCGGCGUCGGCGUCGCAGAAGGAAAUCGGAAUUGUUAAUGUCGACGUCGUUGUCACAUUACAGUGCUGGAUCCGGUACGAUAUUCGCCGGCAAUGGUACUAGCAAUGGGGCGCUGCUUUUAGGCGCCGCAGAGAUGAUGGCCGCUAGGAAUCGGUUAAUGCUGGAGGCUAGUAAUGGUAGUAACGCGUCAGUCGACCACGCUGGUGGUGGCAGUGAUCGUACGGUGGCUGUAAAUGGUAACAGUGCAAUGAUGGCGCUCGUCAAUGGAAACGGUCACCAUAGUAACCACCAGCAGAACGGUGGUAGCGAAUGGAUCGAUUACAGUGACUACGGUAUACAGAUGGGUGGCGGUAGCAGUGGUAGUGCAGGCUCCAAUGACAAUAGUGGUCGAUUAGUAGUAGGCGAUGAAACGAACAGUUCACUUUGGGAAAGCUUCCAUGCGCAUCAGGCACUCGGUGCCGGUGAGGCAUCCCGUGGAGGCGAUGGAGCGGUGACCACCGUUCCAGCCACGCCAGGGUCAGCGUUUAAUCUGCACUAUCAUUCCGUGUUCGGCAACCAGGAAAGUUUCGCCGAGUCCGUCAACUAUGUGGCCCAUGCGUUGGCACAGCAUCAACAGCAGCAGCAACAGCAGCACCGUCACUUGCAGCACCAACUACAACAGCACCAUCAAAGUAUGCUGCUGAACGGACACGAUCAUCAUGCCCGACAGCAGCAGCAGCAGCAGCCCCAACACCACGAGAUCAGCAGUGACGAGCACGAAGAGUUCGAGCAGGGUUCGGGCGAGGAUACGCAACCCCCACUGAUCAACCUGGUGCCGGAGGUGAAGCUAGAAGGUGACGAUCUCUGAUCACUGUCCGUUGCUACCCUGAGACAACGACGCGGUCGAGGACUGACCGGCUGAAGCAGCCAAGGUUACUAGAUGUUUAAACUUUAGUGCAGGCACUUUCAUACCUUGCCGAAAGCAAACGAAGUUUUCCUGGGGUGUUUGAGAUUAGAUACGACGAUCGACGAUGAAGAGUGGUGUAAUGUAGAAUAACAAAUAUUACCAUCGUCUACGUUGGACGAGGUUAUAGGGGUUCCUUAUGCAACUGCCGUUGCUAUACGAAAUCGAGAGAGAGGGAGGCUAGUAGAUGUGUUUUUGGUUAUAUAUUUCCUUUUAUCUGUGUAAGCUAAAUAAUUGAAUUCUGGAAGAGAAACAAACAGGAGGAUAUAUUCCUUCCAUGGGUAUAUUCCAAACUUGGAAUGGAAUAUAUUUUACGUUUUGUUUCUCGAUGCCAAUGAGGCGCCUACAAAUCGAGAGCAUUGGUCGCUGGAACAGGGGAAAAUUGUAGGGAAAUGGUAGAAAUAACAGUAGACUAAUUUAAAAAAAAAGAAAAUUCCCUGCCUGUGGAAAUGCGCGCAUGUGAACGAUGUUGUACGACUUAUUAUAGGAUAGCUAUUCCCUUAGCAAAGGAGGUUUUAAAAGGGAGGUUCUGUAGAAUGUUAAACAAAUUUAAAGAGUGCGGUAUAUGGUAUGGCGUUAUCAUACUACCAGAAAGCUUCCCGCUAGCCAUUUCCGUGGAAUGUUUUACAAAAGCGCGGUAUCUUGUUGUUGUUGAUGAGACAAAUGGAGGCUAUACUAAUGGUAUACUAAUUAGAAAUGUUGUUAAGAUAAAUGCGAGCGAAAAUGGAGUAGAGAAGUUUGAAAUUGUUUAGUUGUGUAAGAGGGAAAGGGUACCUUUGGAACAUUCAGCAUCCCCAGUAACGUGAAAUUCCUAUGUCAUGACCAUUGUUUUGUUACGUUAAAUGGAAAGAAAUAUGAAGAUGGUAGCGCGCACACAUAUGAUUUAAUUGUUAUAAAGAGAAUAACAACAACCUAGCAUUGCGCACAUUAUGAUAAAGACAAAAGACACACUGUGUUGUGCAGCACAAGUUGCGGGUUUAUCCGUUUAAUAGAUUAUGUAUUUUAAAAAAAUCAAUAUUUUAAAGUAUAGAAAAUGACCGGGGGCAGGAGAGAACACACAUUACCAAUCCCCAGCAAACCCUCUGACCCCCCUGUAAGGUAUUAAAAGCAAAUCAGGUGAUGAUGGGUUCACGAAACGGAUGAAUUGUGAAGCAAAUGCCUAUAUAUGUGUAUACAGCUAGCAUAAAGAUUUAUAAAUCUUUUUGGAGCAUUAUAAAAACGUUGCAGGAACGAACAAAUCUUGCUGGAAAAGGCGAUUGUUGUAUAUUUUAUUAGGCUGCAUGCAAAAUAUGUUAAUAGAUAGACAUCGUCUGCUGUAGCUAGCCGUGGGAACUGCGGUCCUGCUAAGCUCAGUACGCAUACUCAAACACAGGAACGCACAAUGUAUACUCAAGACUAACAUACAUCACCCCACUCAUAAACCUCAAGCAUACGCGCACAUCCAUAAGCAACACCAGUAGAAGAAGCAGAACCAGUGAAUGCCACUCUUUCAUAUAGAAUCCAUCAACCACAACUCCCCACCCAAUACUCCUAAACCAGAUCGUAGCACAACACGUGCUACUAUAAUUCCAAGUAAAAAAGAAAACACAAUGGGCUCAAGUCUUAUGAUAGCAUGAUGGCGAUUAUAGCACUCGGUAAUCGAACGAAACGGUAGAUAAGGUACCGAAGGUACUAAUCAAUCAGUAACCAAGGUUCAUUUUAUGACGACGCAACACCUCAAUAGCCGCGCGAACCGAUAAGACAUAGAGAAUGAAGAUAGGAACAGAAUAACCUGUAACGGAAUCACACCAACAUUUAACCAUUUCUAUAAGAAUUCGUUUUGAAAUUUAAUAUACAGUAGGUAGUAGAUAUGCAUGCCACGAGAAGAGACAAAGAAAGACAGAAGAAAUACAGAGAGCAGAUAUAGAGCAACCCAUCUCACCACACAUAGGACUCAUGCUAAUUUAUAACCCGCAGGACCGCAGGAAAGGGGGGGGGGGGAAGCAAUGGAGGAGGAGGAGGGAGUGAGAACAGAAACGGAAUAACAAAUAUACGAUAUUUAUUAUUAACCCGUUUUGUGUACCGUGUAUAUAGUUGCGUCCGUAUGAGUGUGUGGACCUGGUCGGUCGGUAAAGAAAGCUGCUUCCAUAUUCCAAAUGAUGCCAAUUGUGGACACACA